AUGGCGGCAGAGUCUCCAGCCUCCCAUUUAACCGCCGAGAUGCUUGUGACGUUGGAGAUGUUCAAGGAUUCGCCGUGGGAGGAACCGGUCCCCGUUAGUCCCUUCUGGGACAGUAUAGACUACUCGAUCGCUCGCAAUUUCCUCGGCAGCUUUACACACGCCGAACGGGCACAGCUGCCCAUCGACGAGGACAGCACCGCUGACCAGCAAUCCAAGCUUAUACUCCUCCUACGACUCCUGCAGAAGAAAUUGGAUGAAGAAGAAGCUGCCACUUCUCCCCCAUCCAGCCUCUACACCAGUAAUUACCACCAGUGGUACCGAUUAUGGCAAGGGAUCUACGUCCUUCAGGACGAGUUGAACCUGCCCGAGGCGGAACAGACCGUUCGGAUGCUGGUGGACAAGACACCAUACAAAUCGAAUCCAGUACCAUCGCAUAUGUUAGCAGAGCACCUGGUAAAAGUUGGCAAGUAUGAAGAGGCAGAACGGACCGAGAGACCGAUCCGCGCAUGGAUGGAUGCCCGGCCGCAUUUGGGGCCGUCCUCCCCACAGGCGCUCAACGCUCGUCGGCUUAUCGCCCAAGCCUUGUGGGGACAGGGACCGUCGAGGCGCUCGGAAGCCGAAGCUCUAAUAGCCGAUAUUCAUUGGAUCGUCGAGGAGAUGGGAGAAGGGCAGUUUGCGGUUUACCAGGCGGAAGAGAGAAGGUUGAACCAGGUGAUGAUGGCCACUCUACAGUGA